AUGCAUUCCAGCCACACUGCUGACUCCAAGGAGGCCAUACAGCUGAUCAAGAAGCAACUGGUGAAUGCCAUCAAGGCUCUGCAGAAGCAGUACGUGAGCUCGGACGCCGUCGUCACCAGCGACGAUGGGAACGCCAACACGCUCUGCAGUGCCCUGGAAGCUGUGUUUGUGCACGGGCUGAAGGCAAAGCACAUCAAGGCAGAGAGUGGGGGGAAAGGGAAGAAGUCAGGGGGGCGAGGACCCCUUCCCCAGCCUGUCUUCUGGGGCCUGCUGAAGAGCAUCACCCAUCGGAACAUUGUGUCCGAGCUGGAGCAGCUGAUGUUCAUCAGCACAGACGUGGGUCGCUGCCGUGCCUGGCUGAGGCUGGCCCUGAACGAUGGGCUCAUGGAGUGUUACCUGAAGCUGCUGCUCCGGGACUGCUCCCGCCUGCCCGAGUACUACCAGGCGCCUGCGCUGCUCCUGGACGCCGAGGAGUGCGAGUUCCUCCUCUGCUACUUGCAGGGUUUGUCCUCCCUAACCUUCGAGCUGUCCUACAAGUCAGCAGUGCUGAACGAGUGGACCGUCACCCCGCUGUGCCUGUCGGGGCUGUGUCCGGGUGUGGAGCUGCUGGAGCCCCUGACGGCCGAGCCGCGGAGGAAGGUGUCGCUGGGCUCCAUCUCGCAGUCCUCGGGGUCGGACGAGAUCGAGAUCCAACCCUCUGUCCUGCCCAUCAGCAAAGCCAGCAGCAAGGUCAAGCUCACGUCGUCCUCGCUGAGCCUGAACACCACGAGCUCAUCUCAGCUCUCCUCCAGCCUGGGCUCUGAUGGCAUUGCCCCUGCUCCCUGUGCCCGCAGCCCCGAGCGGAGCGAGGAGCCGCUGUCCUGCGACUCCGACCUGGGCACCGCCACUGCCGAGGACCUGGACAGGUCCCUGCAAGAGGUGUUGUCCGAGUUCAGCAAAGCCAGGCCGAGCCCAGAAGCUGCAGAGACACGAGUGGUCCCCAGCGUGCUGUGCUGCUCCCCGCAGCCCCCCGAG